AUGGGCACAGGGACUGCCAAGGAGGUGGCAGAUCUGGCCUCCAAUGAGUGUACCAUAGCUGUUGCGGUUACUGUGCUCAGUAGCGGAGCAAGGCAGUAUCUCCUAAUAGUACCUUCAGUACUGCAGAGUGACUCUGCAAAUACAGCCUGUGUGCAACUUCUCAACAACAAUGAGACUGUAAACCUGAAUGUCUUUCUGGAAUAUGAGAGACGUAACGUAACUGUUUUCCAAGAAACUGUGCGAAGGAAAAACUUCUUCAAAUGCAGCUACUUUAUGGUCCCUGAGGCCAGUUCGAACCCUGUGGCUUACAUCACCAUCUCUCUCAAGGGCGCCACGGUCAAUGAGACAGAGAGGAGGGUUUUGGCCAUUCAGAACAAAGGCAGCGUUGUUUUUGUUCAGACUGACAAACCCAUCUACAAACCUGGACAGGAAGUGCUCUUCCGAAUUGUUUCUCUAAAUACGCGUUUCGAACCUGAUCCUCAAACUUAUCCUUUGGUCACCGUUCAGGAUCCCCAGAGGAACCAGAUAUUUCAGUGGAGAAAUGUAACAUCUGAGAUCUCUAUUGUUCAGCUCUCAUUCUCAAUAAUUUCGGAGCCAAUUCUGGGAGACUAUGAAAUCAUCGUGCAGAGUCAAUCGGGAGCUAAGACCUCUCAUUAUUUCUCUGUCGAGGAAUUUGUAUUGCCAAAGUAUGACAUCACUAUCAGUGCACCGAAAACAGUCUCUGUGGAGAAUCCAGAUUUCAUUGUGAAGGUGUGCGGCAUGUAUACCUAUGGGCAGCCAGUUCAGGGGAAAGCUCAGCUCAGUGUGUGCAGAAAUCUCAAUUUUUAUGGAACUUGCAAGAGGGACCCUGUCUGUGAAUCUGUUAAUAAAGAACUGGGCAAAGAUGGCUGCCUUGCCCAUGUCUUCAGUUCCAAGACUUUUGAGCUUAAUCGUUCAGGGUACUGGAUGAACCUAGAUGUGAAAGCCAUCGUCACUGAGAAAGGAACAGGGAUACAGAGUGAACGUUCAGCCUACAUUUCAGUUUCUCGGAUACUGGGGACUGUGACAUUUCAGAAUAUGGACCGGGACUAUAAAAGGGGGAUCCCCUAUUGUGGUCAGAUAAAACUGGUUGAUGUUGAUGACUCUCCCCUUGGAAAUGAGAUUGUCCAACUACAAGUCAACAACAAAAAUGUGGGCAACUACAGCACCGAUGGAAACGGCACCGCUGAAUUUUGCAUUGAUACCUCAACGUUCUUUAGCUCGGAUAUCUCUCUCAGACUAAUAUACAAACCCAAUGAAAAUUGCAACAGUGAUGGCUGGUUAUUACCCUACUAUCCAGAGGCCUAUUAUUCAGUCCAGCGCUUCUACUCCAGAACAGAUAGUUUUGUGAAUAUACACCAAGUGCCAGAAGAGUUGCCAUGCGGCCAAGUCAGGAGAAUCAAAGUCUCCUACAGCCUGAAUAUAAAAAGACAGAACACUGCAGUCUUCUAUUUCUUUGUACUGGUGAAGAACAAAAUUAUAAACUCAGGCAGAAACGUUGUCACCCUCCGUAGGGAUGAUUUGGGAGUUUCCAAAGGCCACUUUUACAUCUCACUUUCUGUCGAUCCAAACAUGGCUCCCGUUGCCACGCUGCUGGUCUAUACUCUACAUCCUGAGAGGGAGGUGGUUGCUGAUACUGCCAGAUUUGAGAUAGAGAAGUGCUUCCACAAUAAGGUCAGCCUCCAGUUCUCCGUGAAGGAAGCUCUUCCAGCUUCAAAUGUCAGCCUCCAUAUCAAAGCUGCUGCCAACUCCCACUGUGCUCUGCGAGCUGUGGACCAGAGCGUUCUUCUCUUGAAGCCAGAGACAGAAUUGUCAGCUGAAAGUGUCUACAGUCUCCUUCGGUAUGAUAUGUUUGAUUACUACUUCAAUGGGCUCAACCUAGAGGAUGAUCCCCAAGAGCCUUGCAUUCCACCAGAAAACAUAUUUUAUAAUGGCUUGUAUUAUGCUCCUGCUAACAUAAACUAUGGACCAGAUAUCUAUGGACAAAUAAGACCUAUACGGGAUAGUACUGCAUUCCUCCUGGAACAGCAGGAUUAUCGUUUGGGGAAUACUCUCUUGGAUCCAGACCUGAACCUGGAUAUCCAGGUGAUUGUAGUGGCCAGCAGUGCUUGCCCAUUGCUCAAAUCUGCACCACCAGCACCUCCUCCUCCAGGAGAUGUAUCUCUAGAUAAAGUUAUUGAGACUGUUCGGAAGUUCUUCCCUGAAACUUGGAUAUGGGAACUGUUUGGUAUUGGUUCAGAUGGACAUGCAGAACUCACCUACAUCGUUCCUGAUACCAUCACAGAGUGGAAAGCCACUGCCUUCUGCUUGGAGAAGCAGGCUGGGUUUGGCAUCUCAAAGCCUGCCACCCUGAUUGCCUUCCAGCCAUUCUUCGUUGAUAUAACGCUGCCUUACUCCAUAGUUAGAGGGGAAGAUUUCCUCUGUAGAGUCAAUGUCUUCAACUACCUGGAGGGAUGCAUUCAGGUCAAGGUAUCAAUGGCCCAAUCUCAGGAUUUCCAAGCCCAUCUUCUCUCACCUUUGAAUGAUAACGGAUGUGUGUGUGGCGGUGAGAGGAAAACAUAUAUUUGGAAUAUUAGCGCUAAAAAACUUGGUGAUGUGACCUUGUCUGUUACUGCUGAAGCUCCAAAAGACAGCGGGGACUGUGGAAAUGGAACAUCUGGGGGCUUGGAUGUGGGACGGAAGGACACCUUGAUCAGAAACUUGCUAGUCGAGCCUGAAGGCAUUGAAAGAGAACUAACUCAGAGCAGCCUUAUCUGUGCAAAAGGUGCUGUCGUCUCUGAGCCAGUGUCUCUGAAACUCCCUGAAAAUCUGGUGGAAGGAUCAGCCAGAGCUUACUUCUCUUGCAUAGGAGACCUCAUGGGCACAGCCAUGCAGAACCUUCACCAACUUCUCCGGAUGCCCUAUGGCUGUGGGGAGCAGAACAUGGCGCUCUUUGCACCCAUCAUUUACGUCAUGGAAUAUCUAAAUGCAACAGGACAACUGGAUGAGGAGACCAAAUCCAAGUCCAUUGGAUACUUAACCGCUGGGUAUCAGAGACAGCUGUCUUAUAAGCACCCAGAUGGGUCCUACAGUGCCUUUGGGAGCAGGGACAAGGAAGGCAACACCUGGCUCACUGGCUUCACGUACAAGUCUUUUGCAAGAGCUUCACAUACCAUUUUUAUUGAUCCAAAUGUCCAAACUCAAAGCGUCAUCUGGCUGUCCAGCAAGCAAAAAUCAGAUGGAUGUUUCCAAAAUGUUGGAAAACUCUUUAACAACGCAAUGAAGGGAGGAGUACAAGAUGAGCUUUCACUGUCGGCCUACAUCACUGCAGCUCUCAUUGAGUCUGGAUUCCUCAGCUCGCAUCCAGUGGUCCGAAAUGCCUUGUAUUGCUUGGAGGCCGGAUUAGAAAAGGGAAAUAUCACUGUCUAUGACAAAGCACUUCUUGCUUAUGCCUUUCGCCUAGCUGGUAAUAAGCCCAAAACAGAUCUCUUAUUGAAUGAGCUGAUUAAAUCGGCUACGAAAGUGGGUGGCUCAUUAUUUUGGGAGCGUGAGGAUAAGCCACCUGCAGAAGAGUCUCCUUCCUUCUACCCUCGUGCCUCAUCGGUUGAGGUCGAGAUAGCUGCCUAUGUGCUCCUCGCACUGCUCACCGGGACCACACCGACUCCAGCACAACUGACAACAGCUUCGCAGAUUGUGCUUUGGCUUACCAAGCAGCAGAAUCCUUAUGGAGGCUUCAGCAGCACCCAGGAUACGGUAGUGGCUAUACAAGCUUUGGCUCUGUUCAGCCAAUAUACCUUCUCUAAGGAUGGCCGGAACUCAGUCAGGAUCCAUUCCAACAAGCCUUUUGAGAGAAUCUUUGAAGUGAACAAUGACAAUCGCCUGUUGCUGCAGCGGACUUCCCUGCCUGACGUUCCAGGAGAGUAUACAGUGGAUGUGAAUGGCACUGGGUGUGUCUUUGCACAGGCAGUUAUGAGAUACAACGUCCUCCUUCCCAAAAAGUCUUCUGGGUUUUUCCUCUCUGUGCAGACGGCAAAUGUCUCUUGUGGAGACACCUUCCAGACAAAGUUUGCCAUUGCCAUCACAGCCAGAUACACCGGGAAGCGCAAUAGCUCCAACAUGGCCAUCAUUGAUGUGAAGAUGCUUUCAGGCUUUGUACCUGACCAGGCGUCCCUGCAAAAGCUUCGUGAUGACAGAAUUGUGAUGAAAGUGGAAAGCAAAGAAAACCAUGUCAUCAUCUAUCUGGACGACCUGUCAUCCAAGGGAAUCAGUUUCAGCUUCAUAGUUGCCCAAGACCUUCCAGUUUCAAAUCUCAAACCAGCCUCGGUGUGGAUGUAUGACUACUAUGAAACAGAUGAAAUGGGUAUUGCUGAAUACACGUUCCCUUGCCAUGCUGAUGAUCCUUGAACCCUUUGGAUAAUCUGGAGAAAGACAAAGUUAUGUCGUCAUGAAAAGAUAUUCCUC